AUGCUGUCCGCACUUCUGCGACCCUUUACGGGCUGCAGCCCGCGCAUUGGUGAAGACGGCGACGGGGACGGCGGGGACGUAGAACACGACAUGGGCUUCCGGGCCCGCCCUUUUACCGCCAGCGAGUAUAACCAGCACCGCCAUGCCACUGCAGACUUUACCGAGGGGGACGACGACGACGAAGCGUCCAAUGACGCCGGGCAGCCGAGUAACCAGACCGGCAAUCGCGUCGAGCGAGACGAGGAUGGCCUGUCCCAGCCUUCAGGCGUCUUGCCCCUCUUCUCUGCUGGCCAUCUCGAUUCGCUGCCAAUAUAUAGCAUGACACAUGCGAUUCGCGUCGUGGUGCAAGCUAGAACUGAAACUACACUGACCUGGGACCAGCUCCGGUCCCCCCAGGUAUCCCAAUUUCUGGUCAAGCCUAUGCAACAGCAAAUCCGCACACAGUAUUUUUCUAGGGGCACUCUCUACGCCUUGAUGGUGAACUGCUUGCAGUUCGAGAAGGAGGGCCACAUGAACCCGGGCAAUGCUGGCACGAGCAGCACAAGGGCCAAGGUUUGCGAGCUCUUGGCUAUCAAGCUGCUCAAGGAAUACACAACCCGUGAGCUUAUUGACGCCCUUUCAUAUGACUUUUAUCCUCUCCAGGGCAUCUCAGGGUCGCAAACUCCAAUCACUCCAGCGGUUAAGCCAAAGCCGGUCGCCCUCCGGACUUCGACCCUCGAGGUUGCCAUCCGCGCCUCUUCUAAGCGCUUUCUCUCCCACCCCUUGGUGGUACAGCAGCUGGAGGCCAUCUGGAACGGCGCCAUUAGCUUCUACUCUGCUGCAGAUCAGCUCCACCGCCAGGGCUCUGUGUACACUGCCGCCGAGAGCAUUCCGUCUCGGCGUCAGAGCAAUGCAAGGACGCCGUUGCUAGGUCCCCAGCCAAAGGAAGAGCGCGUCCAUUUCCAGCCUUCGUCGCCAGGCCGAAGAUCGGCGGCCCUGUACGAUCCUCGGGACGCAUCCCUCUUCAAGCUGUCCCGACUGCGCGUCCCCCGCUACCGCCAGAUUCUGUCCACUUGCUCUCUAGCCGUGCUGAUCUGUCUGUUUCUCGCUGUCCUGGUUGAGAGAUCCAGCCGUAUCACCACAUUAGAACUUGUCUUCUGGUUCUGGAGCGCCGGUUUUAUGCUGGACGAGAUCGUGGGGUUCAACGAACAAGGCUUUUCCCUAUACAUUAUGAGCUUCUGGAACAUAUUCGAUCUUGGCAUCUUGCUGCUUCUGAUCGUGUAUUACUGCAUGCGAAUCUAUGGCGUAUUCCUUCUUGAUCCUCAUAAAUGGAAUCAAAACGCCUACGACGUGCUAGCGGCCAAUGCGAUCCUUUUACUCCCCAGGAUCUUCAGUGUAUUGGAUCACUACCAGUAUUUCUCGCAGCUCCUAAUCGCUUUCCGACUAAUGGCGAUUGACCUGGCCGCCGUCUUCGUCCUUGUCAUGGUCUGCUGUAGUGGCUUCUUUGUCUUCUUCACUCUCUCCAAGAACGAGAAUGACCCGGCUGUGGUGGCUUAUAAGAUAUUUCAAAUUCUUAUGGGCUUCACUCCGGCUGCCUGGGAAGUAUGGCCGUCUUACAACUGGAUGGGGAAACUGCUGAUGGGUCUAUUUCUCAUCAUUUGCCACUUUGUCGUCGUGACCAUCCUUAUCACGGUAUUGACCAACUCCUUCAUGUCGAUCGCGUCAAACGCAACUCAGGAGCACCAGUUUCUCUUCGCCAUUAAUACCAUCUCCAUGGUGAAGAAUGAUGCCCUUUUUUCCUAUAUUGCACCCGGGAACAUCUUUGCGUGGCUGUUCAUACCGCUCAGAUACUGCAUGUCCCUGAAACAUUUCGUGUGGCUGAACCGCUCGGUGAUCAAGGCCACUCAUUUCCCACUACUGUUCUGCAUAUAUGUCUACGAGAAGUACUUUUUAGCCCCGUACAUCUACGAGCCCACGGACCUUAUCGAUCAUCCAGGCCGGACUCGUCAGCGAGGCAUUUCUCUCUCGGAUCCAGCAAGCAGGGCAGCCUUUUUCAGCCCUAGUAUUCGGGUACGAGAAGAAUCAGCGGUUGGAUUCCAAAAGUAUCGUGCCCUGGACGAGGUAUUCCGGAGGGCUCCUGAUUUUGCCACACUGAGGACACAUAGGCGAAACGAGCGGCGAAAGACGCAAAAUGCCAUUAGGACAUGGAUGGAUCAGAACGACGGCGGCUGCAACUCGCCCCAUAAUUACUCAACAAUCGACAGCCGGGUAGCAAAUGAAUGGGAGAGGAGGUUGAGCAUGGCUCGGGAACAGCCAAAGAAAUACCCAAGACAAGUCUCAGACGUAAGGUCGGCGGCUAGCGACCCGGCCGAUUUCUUCUCGGAUGCUGCACACCCAAGGGGCUCUGGGCGUGUCUAUCAUAAUGACGGUAUUGCGCGGUUUGACUACGCGUCGAGGGUAAAGGACAACACAGACGGCGAAGCUGAUGGCGAUGACGAGCUGGUUACAAACGAUGAGGACGAGGAAGACAAUGCAACCAACAACCAAGGGGAUGGACGAAACGAUUCGACACAUGCUAUAGCGGAGGAUUACUUUACAACUCCAGUUGCCACUCGGUUUAGCAACGCGGAGCUUGCAUUGCCAGUUUCGGCACAGCCGCACCCCAAGACGCCGAUAUCUCCUCGGCCGGGACCAUCUCGGCGGGCAUUACACAGCCGAACCUUAUCCACAAAUACCAUUCUGUACGCACCGCAGGAACAUGGUAGGCCGCUUAGCUCAUCCUCGGCUUCCAUAGGACCGGCUUCUCACCCAAGGUCUCGCCCCCUCAGUUCCCGGCCGACACCGGCCGCGACCCCGACGACGGGUGGUGCGGGACGUCGCUCGCCUCGGCGCUCGCUCUAUCUGCCUUCACGACCGCACCCGACCUUACCGCCCCGAGACACGGCCCGCAAUGUCCCAAACCGUGCAACCUUGGCACUCGACAUCCCCGCCAGGAAGUCGCCGAUCAGGCGCCAGUCCUCUGUUGAUCUUGGUGGCGGCUCAUCUGACAUAAUUGAGGCUGCGGCUUCGGAUGAUGCCUUUGGGGCGGUACCCUCGAGUUUCAACACCCAGAUGGUCAUGGCAACAGCCAUGCUUGGCCAAAGCGCCCAAGGGGACAGCAAUCGAAUGAGUAGGUUGAUGCUCGCCAAAAUGAAGACGCUCGAAGAGAGCCUCGGUGACAUGGUGCGCGAGAUGCGAGUUCUCCGCAGCACAGUGCCAAGCACGGCGCACAAUUCGGGGGACGAUGGCAGUGGUGGUAGCAGAAAGCCAAAGGUAUCAAUAGGAGGAAGCGGACCAGGCUCGGUCUCUACGGGCUCAGCGGGCCCAGCUAUAAUUGAAGUUGCAGGCCACGAUCGUCGACACAUACGGAGAACUAGGGCAUCAAAAUCAGGAAGCCCUAAGCGUAGGUCAAAUCUAGGGAUGCUGGAGUCCAAUCUUGAUGACAACCCGACUCAACCUACACAAACCACCAAGGGAAAGGGAAAGGCCAAAGCUAUCUCGGACUCUGUUAGUUCUCCCGGUGAUGUUGACGACGAGGACGAGUCUGGAUUUGUCGGGCUCGGGCAUUUCAGUGCGGGGAAGGGAAAUUCCUUUUGA